UGUCGUUAAAUAAAUAAAUAAUCUCUCUCCCUUGUUCAUUUCUUAUCAAUUUCGUAUAAGCUCGAAAAUACGUAUUUAUAUACGGGCUGGUUUCCUCAGCUGGUGGGACGGAGGUAGUGGUGGUUCGAGAUUCGAUCAGAUCGUGAUCCAAUGGCUGAAGACAAGUACAACCUCAAGAAUCCAGCGGUGAAGAGGAUCUUACAAGAGGUUAAGGAGAUGCAAUCCAAUCCUUCUGAUGAUUUCAUGAGCCUCCCUCUCGAGGAGAAUAUAUUUGAAUGGCAAUUUGCAAUUAGGGGUCCAAGGGAUUCGGAAUUUGAAGGAGGGAUUUAUCAUGGAAGGAUCCAAUUGCCUGCCGAGUAUCCAUUUAAGCCCCCUUCAUUUAUGUUGCUGACUCCAAAUGGGCGUUUCGAAACCCAGACCAAGAUUUGCUUAAGUAUAUCGAAUCACCACCCGGAGCACUGGCAGCCAUCUUGGAGUGUGAGGACUGCUCUGGUGGCACUGAUAGCUUUCAUGCCCACCAGCCCAAAUGGUGCCUUGGGUUCUCUAGAUUAUAAGAAGGAAGAGCGACAUGGACUUGCCAUUAAAUCUCGUGAAGCACCGCCUAAAUUUGGGAAUCCUGAACGCCAAAAACUUAUUGAUGAGAUUCAUGAAUAUAUGUUAAGCAAGGCACCUGCUGUUCCUCAACUCAGUCCAUCACAGGCCUCGGAAGAUCAACCUACUGACAAGGAUGGAGAAGCACAGGCCAAUCAGCAAGAUCCUGCUACCGUGAUUGCUGGUAAUGGGCUCCCAAAUCAAACAGUAGAUGAAAGGGUUGUUGAAGAGGAGCCUGUGGCUCCUGCCAAUGCUAACCCCGUUCCUGUUGACAUGAGGCUUGUGAGAGAGAUUCCUGCCUGCGGACCAAGUAUUCAGCCACUGCAAAGACCAGAAAUGAGGGUUCAAAGAUCUGCUGAUGACCGCUUGUUUACAUGGGCGGCUGUUGGACUUACCAUUGCAAUUUUGGUUCUUUUGUUCAAGAAGUUUAUGAAAUCUAGCGGACAUGGAGCUGUUUUCAUGGAUGGUUCAUAGUUCCAGCGAGGAUCUACGAUGACCUGUACUCGUUUUGACAAAUUUAGUUCAACAAGAAACCUAUCAAGAUAUUUAUUAACAUCUAGAGUGGAUCAAUCUGUAAUUUAUAAAAUACCCUCUUGAUAAAUUCCAGCUAGUGUAAUUAUGGUAGAUGUCAGCUAUCACUUAUCAUAUGCAGGCAUGAUUAAUACACUUGUAAGUUUGAUAAUUCAUUGCAUGGUGAAACUCUUUAGAUGUUCUGUU